AUGACAUAUUUAUUAUUAAUUACAACUUUAAUAGUAUUAGGUUCGUCAUUGUCGACGUAGCUUUCAUAAUAGCCAACAUGCUUUAUAGUGAAUUCACCUGAAGAAAAUUCAAAUCUGACUGUAAAUUAUAUUGUUUCUGGUUUGGAUGAAAACUAGACUGAUGUUUUUAUUAAAAAGAAAGAUGGAGAAGUAUUAAUUAAAGUCCAAAAUACAAAAGACGGAAAAAUUAGAGAAAUUUUGAAAGACAAGGGCAACUAUUAUGUUUGUUUCUAAAGUAGAGAUAAGAGCUACAAAAUGGUUAGUUUUGACUUUGAUCUCGAAGGGGUUGAGAAGGAAUAUGCUUAGACCGAACAAUUUGAAUAAAUGUCAAAAGAGUUACAAAAAACACAAAAGAAUUUCUAAAGCAUUUACAGAAAUCAACAUUGGAUAUCAGACAGAGAGAGUGCCCAUGCAUUGAUCUUAGAUUAAACAGAAAAGUCUGUCUAAUGGUGCACAGUUAUUAAAGUGGGGAUACUUAUUGUAAUCAGUUUAUCAUAAAUCUAUAUUGUUUAUAAUUAUUUCAAGGACAAGGAUUUCAAUGGAUAAGUGUGAGAAAUUAG